AGGUGAUAUUUUUAUAUUUAAAAAACCGGUUUCUCGAUUUACAAAAUAAACUUCUGGGUAACCCCAGUAAACAGGAAGUAAGGCAAACAUGUUUUUCGUUAUUAUGGUUGUUUUGCUGUUUGCUAAGAUAAAAGGGGAGUGCACUACAGACGAUGGAAACGGUGGAAUCGUCAGUAUACCAUGUGGUGACACAUCAGACACUACCAUGCCAUCCUCUACCAAGAAGUCGGGAUCAAGUCAAUUAAUUUUCAAUGUUAAUGAUUCUUCAGCUGCGAAUGAUCCAGACAACAUUAAAUAUAUUAUUGCAGGAGGCAUCGUUGGAGCUGGAAUACUAGUGGUGAUUGCCUGCAUAUUCACGAUUGCUAGGAGAAAAGGCUGGCAACAUGAUAAACAUAAAAAGGCGGACAACAAUAGGGAAAGGAGGGACUCUCGGGAAUCAAAUGAAACCGAACUAACGACCGUUCCUCAACCCGACAAGUCGGGGUUUACUGCAGUGGAAAUAAGGAAUCUAGGGUUUCCAUCGACUGAACCUGAACCCAUUCCAAAAGCUUCAAGUUUACUACAGGGACUAAACAGAUGCAACGCACCAGCAUCGAAAAAGUAUCAUAAAAACAUUGGUUCGUUGUAAUAUAUAGAAUGACCACAAGGACGAUAAAGAUUACGUACUUCACUGAUUGGAAUUCCUGUUGAACCACAUGCUGCAUUUACAAGAUAUUGAACAACAUGUAUAUAUCUUUGUUUUUGCUAGCUUCUAUUUGUCAGGUAACUGCUAUGAGCACUGUACUUUGUUUAUUUCCUACAAGUGAAAACCCAACAGUAUACAUAUGUAUAAUGGUACUUCUGUUUAAAAACAAUGUAUAUAAUUUGUAGUCUUUCUGACACAUACUGUUUUUCACACGUCCAUCCGUUGGUCAGCCCUGUUUUGUGUAAAAGAAAACUACAAAUUUACAGCUGUUUAUUACACAAUGGCUAUAUGUGCAUAAUAUUACUGGAAAAUUCCUUUUCAAAAAUAUUUUUAUUGGAAUUUUGACCUUUUUGAAUUUAUAAUUUCGGCCAUACAUUGAAUAUAAAAAUAAACACAUCUGCACAGAAUUUGUAUAACUUGUAGAUAUAUGUAGAUAGAAGACGAAAAAUGUGUCAAAUUAAGAAUGUUGUUAUUAAAAUAAAGGAUAUAGAUUUGAAUUU